AGCUCUCAGAGCUAUGGAGAAUUUCUCCUGAACAUCGACAGGAAAUUUUACUUUACUGUUUGGAGUCUCUGGGAGGGACCCAUCAAAGCCAUUAUCUAAGGAGAUUCAUGGAACUCUCCCAGUCCAGAACUUUUAAUACCCCUGUGAGGAGAAUGGGAAAACUCACUUUUAGGCAAAAGAGGCCUUCUGUUGGACAAAAACGUCGGCAGAGGUCUGAGGAAAGCACCAAGUGUGACAGACACCAAGAGGAUAAGCAGUUGUUCUGUGUGGAUGAUCAGAUGCUUGUCUGUGUGUCCUGUUCACAAUCCCAGGAACAUGAGGAUCACACAUUCCAAUCCAUAGAAGAUGCUGCUAAGCUCUACAGGGAAAAACUCCUGGAGAAUUUGGAACUCAUAAAUGGAAAUUUAAAUGAUGUUCAGAAGCUCAUACGUGAGGAGAAGAAGAUACCUCGGACAUGGGCAGUUGUGUGGACAGAAGAAGGAGAAAUGUCAAGAGGUAUGUUUGAGGAAAAAUUUGAAGAAAUAAGAGAUUUCCUGAGUGAUGAAGAAGAGGAGGUCCACAGUCUUGUGGAACUGAAUGAAGAGGAGAAUGAAAUGUUUGAGAAGCUGAAGAAGCUGGAGACCCAACAAGAAAUUCAAAACAGACAACAAAAGUGGUUAAGCAAUCUCCAAAUGUCCAGACACAAGAAUGACCUAAGGGAAAUGGCCACAGCAUUGGAAGAAAAGUCUCAGAUGCCAGAUAUGAACCUUUUGCAGGACAUCGAAGACACACUGAACGAGAGUGAAUUAUUAUUGCUUCAAAAGCCAGAACCUUUCACACCAAAACUAAGCAGUUCUUAUUGUAUGAAUUUAAGAAAAUUCCUGAAGAAAUUUCAAGAAUCUCGAUGGCUGCAGUGUCGCUAUCCAUAUGAAUUGCCUGAUGAUGACAGAAAGAGGACGUUCACAUUUUCAGACAUUACCUCAGGUCACAUGUAUACUGUUUAUACCUCUGGAAGUCUCCACUACAUGAAUGGAAGAGACUUGUCUAUUACACAGCUAAAGGGGAAUGACGAUUUUCAAGAGGAUCCAGACUAUUCCAUCUUCACCUGUUAUUGCUUGCCAAUUGAAAGGGAACACUCAAAUGACUUCUCUUCUCGCCCCUCAGUAGAAUGGCAUUAGGUCAGAGGUUUGGACAAAAUAAGAUUUCAAGAUGAUCCUAGAACUGAAUCCCACUUUUUAAUCUGAUGUAGAAAACUGUUAGUAGGACAAAUGUCAAUUUUGUUUUUGGUUUGGAAGCUAUACAUAAAGUGGAAUGUGUUCUACAGAAAAUGAUCUGUAAGCUUCCCCAUUUCCCUCCUUUCUUUAUAUUUCAUACUGGGAUUUCAUCUAUGGGAAAUAGGUAUUGAACUUGGAAUAAGGAAAGAUUUGUUAGAAUCUCACCCUAACCCUAACCCUCUAGUAACUGCUGACUG